UAUGAAAUUUAAAGGGGCUCGAGUGGAGCGCACACACGACGUCGACGCGAAUUGGUUCCGCGGGAUCAAACGCCUCCUAACAUAUGGUAGAUGGCCCGGGGUAGAUAUGCUCCUGCUCUUGUUCAUCAUAUCGAAAACUCGUCAUGACUGAUCCUAUACAAGAAGUUCAUGCUGCACAUGAUACUAGCGAUGCUGCAGACUCUGCAUCUAGCAAUCCACCAGUUUUGAAACCUAUUGGCUCAGGAGAUGAUCUUUCAAAGUACAAAAUGACCUGCAACAUCGAGUCUGUGUACUAUUACAGUCGCAACCAAAGUCCCACAUGUGCUGCCGUCCUCUUAAAUUUUGAUUUUGACCUGGCAGGUGCAAGCCUCAGAUUUGUAAAGCUUCCCACCCGUAUAGUCGGUGUCCAAAAAUUGGAGGGGUUCCCUUUGAGUGAACAACUCAUUUUUGAUUCCUCGAAGCAUGUAGACGAACAUGCAAUAUUGCAGCUUGUGCGUUCGUACAUUGGUCAGCUGGACGGAAUUAUGUGGAUGUUCAUCACCAGAGAUGGUUACUUCCCUUACUCCGUGAAAAUCCUGCUAGAUGUGGAAAACUACUAUGAAGACCUCCCCUACCCUUUCAGAUUCUCUCUCCAGAUACCCCCGCGAUUCGAAAUCUGCAUUAAACCGAAGUCAUGGUGGCAUUUCUGGACGACUAGCCUCCGACCGAGGGAUGGUCAUCAAGGCUGUAGUUGCGACAUCGAAGAAGAUUAUCAUCCUGAAAUUGCAAAAAAUAUCUUGCUCAAGCAUAAAAAGCUACGGGAGGAAAUGGAUCGCUCUCAGGCUCUAGGACUGGGCAUUAUGAUCGUAUACGGUUACGACCCGGGGCUGCUACCCACUUAAUGGCCUCGCUUCGUGCAUACUCAUUCUUUCAUUGGUAACCUGUUUGCAUCGCUGUAACAAAAGUAGUGUGACCAGCGCCGACGUCUGUCAGCGAGUAGCUUUUCACUACGCUGGUUGAUC